ACAACCGAGGAAGAGCCCAUGACUUCGGGGGAGGAGGGGCAGGCGACUCGGAAGAAAAAGCAGCAGAAGCCAAUGCAGCCUGUAGCCCAUUCAAAGGCCUACUGUCGGACCUCUGCUUACUUUGCAAUACGUCUUUAGUACGGGCUGGAAAAUGUCCGAUUUCGAUGAGUUUGAGAAGCAGUUGAGCGAAAAUCGGCAAGAGCGGGAGAAGGAACGACACAAGAAGCGUAGCCGCAGCCGGUCCCUGAGCCGCGGCGAGAAGCGCCGCCGCUGGAGCAAGGACUCCAGGGGGCGGAGUCACGAGAAGCGCAGCAGCAGCCGCGACCGCAAGGCCCGCGACCGACGCAGCAGCUCACGCGAGCACAAGAAGCACAGCUACUCUCCUCGGAGAAGCCGUAAGAAAAGGACAUACAAGUACUGGGAUGUUCCCCCGCCGGGAUUCGAGCACAUCACCCCCAUGCAGUACAAGGCGAUGCAAGCCGCAGGGCAGAUCCCCACGAUAGCUUUACUGGCCACCUCCACCACCAGUGGCAUGGCAGUGACCCCCACCCAGGUGCCGAUGGUCGGCAGCCAGAUGACCCGGCAGGCCAGGCGACUUUACGUCGGCAACAUCCCCUUCGGCCUGACGGAGGAGGCCAUGGCGGAUUUCUUCAAUACCCAGAUGCGAUUGGCUGGUUUGUGUCAAGGUCCCACCAAUCCCGUCCUUGCUGUUCAGAUAAACCAGGACAAGAACUUUGCCUUCCUAGAAUUCCGGUCCGUGGACGAGACCACACAGGCGAUGGCCUUCGACGGCAUCAUUUUCCAGGGUCAGUCGUUAAAAAUCAGGCGGCCCCACGACUAUCGGCCUCUGCCUGGCAUCUCGGAGCAGCCCGCCUUUCACGUGCCAGGAGUCGUCUCCACUGUGGUUCCAGACUCUCCUCACAAGCUCUUUGUCGGAGGCCUGCCCAACUAUCUCAGUGACGAUCAGGUGAAGGAACUCUUGACGUCGUUCGGACCUCUUAAGGCCUUCAACCUCGUGAAGGACAGUGCGACGUCACUGUCUAAAGGUUACGCUUUCUGUGAAUAUGUGGACAUCAGUGCCACUGACCAGGCUGUGGCUGGACUCAAUGGCAUGCAGCUCGGAGACAAGAAGCUCAUCGUUCAGCGGGCAAGCGUGGGAGCUAAGAAUGCCAACGCCACGGCCAUCAUCGAGACGCCGGUGACGCUGCAGGUUCCGGGGCUGCAGCGGCUGCAGAGCUCCGGCAUGCCCACCGAGGUGCUGUGCCUCCUCAACAUGGUCAUGCCUGAGGAGCUGGUGGACGACGAGGAUUACGAGGAGAUCCUGGAGGACAUCCGGGAGGAGUGUUGCAAGUACGGCAACGUGCGCUCCAUCGAGAUUCCACGGCCCGUCGAUGGCGUGGAGGUGCCUGGCUGCGGCAAGAUCUUCGUGGAGUACACAUCUGCGGCCGAAUGCCAGCAGGCCAUGCAGGCUCUGACGGGACGCAAGUUCGCCAACCGUGUGGUGGUCACCAAAUACUACGACCCCGACAUGUACCACAGGCACGAGUUCUGAUCAGGGGCGGGGGCAGGGGCGGGACAGGAACGGUGGUUGGCAGCGGGUAUGGUAGUGCCCCCUUUAGCAUAACAUUUGACCCUGGACCCCCUUCCUCUUGACUUUUGAGCGCUUUGACAUUGUGAAGUACAUAGUUCUCCUGUACGAUAUUUUGCUUAAUCUAACGUACAGCACAGCUUCUUCCCAUCUACUAACUGGUCAGUCCCCCCCCCCACCCCCAAUUAAACACUUUAUUUCAGGGUUUCCAGAAUGUUCUCAUUAAUUGAGAUGGCCCUUGGGAUGUGCUGUUUUUAUUUAUGUGUUUUUUUCCAUGUGAGUCGUUUAUCAGAUAACCAACAUUAAAAUAACAUUAAAUUAAUAAGUAAAACCUUUUAGGUGGGGUUCAGUAUUGUUAAAUUGCUUGCAUUUAGUUGUGCAACACAAUAAUGAAAAUGUUUUUUUGCCUACAAUGAGUAAUCCAGUGGUAGUUUUUCCCUUCCCCAAAUUUUUAAGCAUUAAAUCCUAAUCGGUAAAUUUCAUUUUUAGAAGAUUUUUCAUAGUACCCAACGCGUUUGAAUCGUAGCAGUUAACAUGCUACAAGAUCGCCACUGAUUCAGAUGAACAAUGAUCAACAUGUUCAGGGGUUGUCAGGAUUGUGUUUGGGAGAAAAGAUCCCUUUGAUCAUUCUGGAUCCAGCAGCCCAGAGCAUGUACGACCGAGUGGAAUCCGCGAAGAACGUGUCUAGUUGCUUUGUUGUAGUUUGUGAUAGUUAAUUCCCUUUAAGUAGCACUGCACAUACACGUACGUUUCUCCCCAAGGCAAGUAAAUAGAAUAUUCCGGUUGCUCGUUAACGCUGAUGUAUUUGUGAAGCUAACCUGCAGGUUUUUUAGAUCUUUUUUGGGCGAAAACGGAUGGCUGCUUGUCACGUACUUCGCCGGAAGCUGUGAAUGAUGAAUCAUCGCGCCGACAUUAGUGAACUGGGAAUUUUUUUUUUGGGUGCCGGGAAAACGAAAUAAUUACAGCUUCGUCAGAGUAAUAACUGUCGUUAAAAAUGAGACUGGAGUUGGACAUUUAGGACUUUGCGUGUGUGUGUGCGUGUGUCUAUGUGUGUGUGUGUGUGUAUGGUUGUACACCCUCCUACUGUUACGGUUUUUUGCUGUUUAUCACAUGUGCUUUGCAAUAAACUAGCGUUCGAGUUAAAGGAACUGCUACGAUUGUGUGUGAGUAACAAUGCUGGGUUGCUGUUUGGGCGGGUUUGGUUUGUAUCUGAAAUACACCCACAGCAUGACUUAACUGAUCAGGAGGGCUGGCUGUGCGUGUUGUUGCGGGAGGGGUCGUCGCGGUAAAAAUGUCGAUGUUAUGCUCUGUAAUGUCAGCAGGGGGCGUCAUGAUGAAUCCUUGGCUGGUUUGGCAUCUGUUGUCGAGCCUGAACGCUGCAUGGGAGGCAGUAAUUACUGUUUUUAAUCGCCUGAUGUUUUAUAAACGUGGAUCUGAAUGUGAGAACGGGUCGAGACAUGUCUUUUUUUAAAAAAAAAAAACCCUGAGCUUCGACUGCCAAGCUUUGAAUAAAACCCUGCUUCUCCAGCCUCUCCGUGUGUCUGUGGGUCGGGAGAGCUGACACCCCGGUGCGAUUACGUCACCCGUAAUCAACGUUAGGCUAACUUCCUGAACACGGGAGCAGUUUUAUGUACAAUUGGCUUGUUCACCUGUCAAUCAUCAUAAUAUCAAUUGUUUGAUUGGACUGCUGAGGCUGACUCGGUGAGCCGGUGUGUUUGGCACUGCGCCUUGGCUGGGGAAGUAAUUCGCCGGGAUCAACCGUUUGGAUCCGAUGGCGUGGUGUGAAACGGCUACUGUGGGCGCUGGGUUUGCCGCAUUACCAGGAGGCAACUGACGAAGAGAACGGUAAACUGCAAAAAUAAACUGAUGCAAGCUCAAAUGCCAGAACAUUCUGGUAGUCAUCGAGUGAAAGAGCAGAAUUUAGGAUCUAAAAUAAUAGUCCGGACUGGGUUUAUUAGGGAAUGCCUGUACAGUUAAUAUUCCACCACCCCCACCCCCAAAAAUGUUUUGACUAAAAAUAAAGCUUCCCAAAAAUAAAAUCAAUUGAAAAUGUU